AACAAAUAUUCAGACAUACCAGCAACCUUAUCAACCUAACGUACACCCACGUCUAGAAAAAUGAGUAACAAGGGAACGAAAAGUCCUAGGCACGCAUCUUUGAAGAGAUACGCCCCCUUCGAACCUUACCAGAAUGUUAGCCUAGUAAAGAAUGGGCACAUCGCCCGACAACUACUAAACCAUACUGUCGUGGCCUUCCACAACAGACGAGAUAAUGAUCUAACCAAGGGGCAGAUCGCGGCACGGGAUGGCUUUGUUCAGAGGUUCAAGAGGCAGAGACGAGAGUAUGGGAAGCAAAUCAAGCCGGGCUCCUUGGCAAGCUUCGAGAACGACGUGAAGUAUCUAGCAGCCAGGCUCGACCAAUUCUUUUUCUUUAAUGAGCUAGGGCCAAACAUCAAAAUUAAAGGCGGCUUGGAUGUUGUCGGGGUAGACCACGCAGGGAUCGAAAGCAAGAUCGAUGGGGAGACCUUCUCGUGCAUGGUCCGCGGCCGCGAGCACACGCAGAUCAACAUUAACAUUGGCUCAAACCACACACUAUACAAACUCGACGCCAUUGUUGGCCAGCUGAUGCACGAGAUGGUCCAUGCGUACCUUCAGGUCUUUGCUUGCAACUGCUUCUGGUGUAGCAGGGAUGCUCUCAACACAGUGGGCAUCGAGCACGAUGGUCACGGGUCCGUCUUUCUAAUGCUCCACCGCCUCAUCCUGACAGAGAUGAGAAGGUGGGGGGACGAUGGCUUGAAGACCCUGCUCUCGGAGGACUGCCCAGGGCAACUUAUCAGCAAGAGUGCUAGAGGGCGGGCUCAUGCUGUCUUCGCUCAGAUGAGCAGCGAAGAGAAGGAAAAGUUCAACGGACUGCGCGCCAAUGUUAGGAAAAACAUCCUGAUACGGUUUAACGAUAAAGGGGACAGAGUCAUAGUUGCGCCAUCCCUGAAAAUGAAUCAGAUACGCUGGGAAGAUUCAAAGCGAACUGAGAUAAUGCGGCGUGAAGAGAUGCGAAAAGAGAUGAUAAAUGAGAUAGCAGAGGAAUCGUCUAUUGAUUCUGAGCGACAGGAGUAUGGUGGCGAGGAGCAUGGGGACGGGGAUGCAGACUAUGAGGAAGGAGAAGAGUAUGAUGAGGACUACACAGGCCAAACAGACUAAUUUGCGUUGAAUUCUCCGUCGUAGGUUGAAUAUUGAUCUUUCCUGUGGCUUUUGCGCGACAACUGAG